AUGAAGCUACUGGUGGUCUUCAUGCUUGCUGCCAUCCCCCUGUGCUGCCAUGCUGGCUCAGGUUGUCAAGAGCUGGAAGAGUUGAUGGAUGCAGCAAUGAAUCCAGAAGUGUCUGUGAGUGAGUACCAGGAAAUGAUGAAUUCUUACCUUGUGAUUUCCCCUAUGGCAUCGACGGCAUCGACGGCAAAACUGAAACAAUGUUUUCUCAGGCAGUCCACUGAAACUCUGGCCAAUGUGAAAGUGAUGAUGAAUACGAUAUACAAUGCAAAAUGUGCUGCUUUUAACCUUCCACAAGAUCCCUGACCCAGUGGAAUAAACAGUGUGCUCAAACACCGACUACUGAUGCUAUAA